AUGUUGCCGAGAUCCCUUCUGGUUGUGUCCAUCUCCCUUAUGGGAGCAUGGGCACAAACAACGACAGGUGGAUCGGGGUUGACUCCGACAGCAGACGCAUCUGCCGCAUCUGCCACAGCAGAUGCUUCGUCUACACUGGAGAAAUCUGCGACAGGCACCUCAACUAAAACCGGAAUCACGACACACACCGUGGCUGUUGGAGCUUCUGGACACAAGUUCACACCCUCCAAGAUUGAGGCCGACGUCGGGGACAUCAUCGAAUGGCGAUUCUACCCUACGAACCAUUGGGUGAUUCGGGGAGACUUUGACUAUCCAUGCAUCCCAUACGACUACAUUGGCACAGAUCGGACUGGCUUCUCCAGCGGCUCACAGACUGUCCAAGCAAUUACCGAUGAUGGCCCUCGUUUCCGUGUUCGAGUCAACAACACAGAUCCUAUCUUCUUCUACUGCGGUGCUCCUGGAUCUUGCGUCAGAUAUCAUAUGAUGGGUGUGAUCAAUCCGUCCAAGAAUGAGACACUAAACGAGUGGCUUACCAAAGCCGACGAUGUCGACUAUCAACUGACCCCAGGCGAGCCCUGGCCGACCGAGGAGGGCUUUGUGACCCCGACAGAUGCUGCGUCGUCAGAGACGGGCGGAUCAUCAAACGACAAUUCCGAUACCGACAACAAUCAGGGAGGCACUCAUCUCGGAGCAGGAGCAAUUGCUGGAAUUGCUAUUGGUGGUGUGGCCGUGCUGCUUCUCGGCGGUGCCAUGGUGUACCUCUGCGGAAGACGAGGCGGAUUCGACAAGGCUUAUCGCAAGAGCUUCCGCAACAGCGCCGCUCCAGAAGGGUACCACCCCAACAUGCAACCUCCGGUUACUGAGGCUCGUUUCGACUCGCCGAGCACUGCGGCCGGAAGUGUGUGGAUCGCAAACAACAAACCACCACAACAACCGAGCCCCAUGUCAGCGGGAUUCGGCCAGAGCCCGCCAAUGAGCCCUCACAGUACUGGAUAUGGGUUCCAGCCAGGAUACAAUCCCAUGGUUGCCCAAGAUGGCACAAUUGGGUCGUACUACGACCCCAAUGUACAGGCACAGCAUCUCGGAAUACAACACACUGGAUCGCCAAAGCCACAAGAGCAGCUCGCACCAGCCGAGCUUCCGGCUUCAGCAGACCCCGGAAACUCACCUCUUCCGGAGUACGGCAACGGAACUCAGCGAACCUUUUCAUGGGCAGGCGAGGAGUCCGGAUAUCGCCCGACCAAAUAA